UUAUUCGGGCAUCGAAUCUUCGAUACAGUUUAAAGAAAGGUAAAUUCAUAAAAACCAUUUCAAAAUUCAUCUGCAUAAAAAUGGUUUAUAUUGAAACAAAAUAUAGUGGAUAAAUUUCUUUUAUAUAUAUUUCUCUAUUUGUAUUCAUUUAAACACAGUCGAUCAAUUCAUUAGUUGAAGGAAAAUCAAACGCCAUUUCAAAAAUCAUGAUGCGUGAUUCAAGUUCCCCGUAUAUGCCAUCCAAUGAUGUUCCUGCUCUAACUAAAAUGAUUAAUGAUUCAGGCGAAGAUGAUAUAGAUCUUAUUAAAUCCGAACCGCGUGAUGUUCAAAAUGUUUUACAUACAGAUGCUAAUUCAAAUUAUCAUACACUGCAGUCUAACCAUCUAAAUACAAAUCUUCAAAAUCAUCAUUCUCCUAUUCAAAAUAACCACAAUGCAGCUUUGUCAAGUCAAUCGCCACAUGCUUCGGUUGAGGAAGAUGACGAUCAUGUCAAAAGACCUAUGAAUGCUUUUAUGGUUUGGUCUCGUACUGAGCGACGCAAACUUGCUUUGAAGUAUCCCAAUAUGCUUAAUUGCGAAAUAAGUAAGCUACUUGGCGCUGAAUGGAGUAGAAUGGGCGAAGAAGAAAAAAGCCCAUACAUUCAAGAAUCAAAAAGGUUACGAACAAUUCACAGUCAAAAAUAUCCCGAUUAUUCUUAUAAACCGAGAAGAAGAAAGCGCAAAGUAACACAAAAUCAACCAACAUACCCAUCCAUAAACUUCCCCUCUGCGGGUAACGCCAUGCAGAAUUAUCAAUUUCCAAGUUCAGCUUAUCAAAAGUUUUCUAGCGACGCAUUUAAAAUGGGUGGAUUUGGCCCUGAUACUGGUUAUCAACUUCCAAUGCAUGAUCCAAAUAAAGCUGCAUUAAGUUAUUUAAAUUCAGCCACAUUGGGACUCUCAAAUGAUAUGAAAUCAUAUUAUAACUUAACUUCCCCGGCGGCAAAUAUGUUCUCUCCGGCAACUAGUCAGUAUUCGGGAUUAUCGUUAUCAGGUAAUAAUCAAACCAAUUUAUACUCUAAUGGCUCGAACUAUUUGCCUCCUUUAUUCAAAGAUCAUCAAUUUUAGUAACAUUUUUUUCGCUCUUGAGAAAAUCCGCUAUACAAAUUAACUUUAAAAGUGCGACUUACAAAAAGUUAAUUUUGAUGCCCAAUAAUCAUGUUAUUUGGCAAAGAAAAAUUUAAUGACAUCCUAAUAUUAGUCAGCUCACAGCAGAAUACCUUUUUUAGGUCAUUGCUAUAGAACAUAACUAUAUUUAUUCAAACAUGAUUUAAAACUUGUUUUUGAAUAAUGACGUCAAAUGAUUAUUUUGUAUAAUAAGAAACAAAAAGAAACAAAAUGUUUCUAACGUAAAGAAACAAAAAGUUUCUAACGAAGCAAUUGAACUUUAUGAAAACUUUCUUUUUAAAUUUCUCAUUCAGUUUUAAAACUUCUGAAACACUUAGACAUAUUACAAAUAAAAUCAAUGUACUUUAUAAAAAAGGAAAAAAGAAAAUAUUUCUUCUUAAAAAAAAAAGAAAUAUUUAAAGAGAAUUUAUAUAAAUAUGAUAAUAAAUGUAAAGUAGUCUAAAACUAUUACUUAAAUUUUACAGAACUCAAUCUUGUACAUAAAGCUGUUCUGCUUUUUAUUUACUUUUUAUUUUAUUUUGUUAAUAUUACGUAUAUAUAUAUACUUUUUAUUUGUAAAUAUUCGUUUGAAAAACCUUUUGGAAAUAAAAUGAUUAAGUUUUC